CAUCCCUCUCCAUUCAUUUAACACGUGCAAGUGGAGUGCAUAGUUAGUUAUUCGCGGACGCCGGGGACUCAAACUGCUCAGAAGUGAAUAAAGGAAGCACAGGGAAAUAUUGGGGCGAUUUCGUUUGAGCAACUUAUAUCGCUGCUGUAAUAAAUGACAGCUAGCUAGCCCUUGCCAGGUGUAAUGUAAGGUUUCGGGAAUGUGUUGUUUAAGGUAUGUGUGUGAGUUCAGCUCUCAUUACGCAGCGGAGGAAUCCCGCUCCAGCAGCGACAAGACAACGUUGAGAACAGGUACUUUGCGAAGACGGUUGAGGAACAGUAGCAGAAGAGAGAAGAAAACCUCCACUCUCUCAUCAUGAAGACUGGAGGAGCAAAUCCUGAUCCUUGGGAGAGGAGCCAGGGUGAGAGGCUGUCCGGGAGCUCUGCUGGAAGUCAGGGGAGGAUUAGGCUGUCUCUAGCCCACCCAGGGCUGCUGCUUCUGGGGAUAGUACUGCUGGUCGUCCUGCCCUCUGGAGAAAGUGUCAAACAGAAUGUACCCAGAGUCAAACUCAGCUACAAAGUGCUGAUCCAGGGUGGCAGUGUAUCAGUGUUCCUGAGUCCUACUGACGGUCUCCAUUCCCACUCUGUGUUGUUGGAUGAGGAGAGAGGCAGGCUGCUGCUGGGAGCCAAAGACUCAGUCUACCUACUGGACCCGGACAACCUCAGCAGAGCCCCCAGGAAGAUCAGCUGGCCAUCCUCCAGAGACACAGUGGAGAUGUGUAAACUGGCAGGCAAGAACGCUCAAUUGGAGUGUGCCAACUUUGUGCGUGUGCUCCAUAACUUUAACCAUACCCAUGUGUAUGCCUGUGGGACAGGAGCCUUCCACCCAAUAUGUGCCUUCAUUGAGAUCUCAGGACGCAGAGUGGAGGGUGUGUUCAAGUUGUUGUCUGGUACAGUGGAGUCCGGGAGGUUGAAAUGCCCUUACGACCCCUGGCAACCUUUCACGUCUGUCCUCACAGACCAGUUCAUGUAUGCUGGCACGGCAUCAGACUUCCUUGGUAAAGACACAACGUUCACCCGCUCCUUGGGCCCACCCCCCGACCAGCACUACAUACGUACUGACAUCUCAGAGGACUACUGGAUCAACGAGGCCAGGUUUGUAUCAGCCCAUCCUGUGUCAGACACCUACAACCCAGACGAUGACAAGAUCUACUUCUUCUUCCGCGAGUCAUCACGUGACGGCAACGAUAAGAGUGUCCUGUCCCGCGUGGCACGCGUCUGCAAGAAUGACGUGGGAGGGUUGAGGAGUCUGACCAAUAAGUGGACAACGUUCCUCAAAGCCAGACUGGUGUGUUCCAUCCCUGGACCUGACGGAGUGGACACGCACUUUGAUGAGCUCCAGGACAUAUUCCUGCUCCCCACCAGAGAUGAGAAGAACCCUGUUGUGUAUGGAGUCUUCACCACCUCCAGCUCUGUGUUCCGUGGCUCGGCGGUGUGUGUGUACAGCAUGGCUGACAUACGAGCUGUGUUCAACGGACCCUACGCUCACAAGGAAGGACCUGACCAUCGCUGGGUAGAAUACGAGGGGAGAAUACCUUACCCUCGCCCUGGAACGUGUCCCAGUAAGACGUAUGAUCCCAGGAUAAGGACCACUAAAGACUUCUCAGAUGAGGUGGUCAGUUUCAUCCGCUUCCACCCCCUCAUGUUCCGCUCCGUCUACCCCCUGACCAGCCGACCCGUGUUCACGCGUGUACGUGUCGACUACACACUGACACAGAUAGUGGUGGACCGCGUCAUGGCUGAGGACGGACAGUAUGAAGUCAUGUUUCUGGGGACAGAUGCUGGGUCAGUUCUAAAGGUGGUGAGCAUUACUCAGGAGAACUGGUCUACUGAGGAGGUGAUUCUGGAGGAGCUCUCGGUGUUCCAGGCUCCCACUCCCAUCCUGAGUAUGGAGAUCUCUUCUAAACAGCAACAGCUGUAUGUGGGUUCGGGGGCUGGGCUAGCCCAGGUGUCCCUGAGCAGGUGUCACCUGUAUGGUCAGGUGUGUGCAGAGUGUUGCCUUGCCAGAGAUCCUUACUGCGCCUGGGACGGACACACCUGCUCACAAUACGUCCCAGCAUCCAAGAGGAGAGCCAGAAGACAAGACAUCAAACAUGGAGACCCAUCCAGCCAAUGUUGGGACACAGAGGACACUCUGCGUGGAGGCAGGGUGGAGGAGAGGACAAUGUUUGGGGUGGAAAAUAACUCGACCUUCCUGGAGUGUCUCCCCAAAUCACAACAGACCACCACACGCUGGUUCAUACAUAGACCUGGAGCUGAACACAGAGAGGAGGUGAGGCCAGAUGACAGAGUGGUCCAUACAGGCCAAGGUCUCCUCAUUCGCUCUCUCCAUCCUGCCGAUGCCGGCAUGUACGUGUGUAUGGCACAGGAGCACACACACUUCACACACACUCUGCUCCGCCUCACGCUGCGCCUCAUUUCGUACGGGCAUCUUGACGGGCGGCCAAAGCCCAGCAAGGUCCCCAGUGUUGAGGUUCGCCCUGGAGCAGAGUCUCGUCAGCGCUAUAAGGACUACCUGCGUGUGAUGAGUUCUCCCAUUGGCUCGCUGGAGGAGUACUGUGAUUCGCUUUGGCUGGAGAAGAGGCCGGCCAAUAGGAGAGGUGGAAGAGGGCAGGGGGUGGGGAAAUGGAAACACAUCCAGGAGCUGAAGAAAAGCAGGAACAGGCGACACCAUGGAGAGAGGAAUGGAGAGAGGGAUAAAGAGAUGGAUGGAGAGAGGGUAGUGAGACAGAGGAGAGGAUGAGCUGGUGAGGAUACCAAAAAGGAGGAGUGAGAACAGCAGUCACAAAAAGUGUCAUUAGGGGAACCCAUCAAUGUUUAUAGUGGUAAAGGGGGGCCAUGGGUAAGAUGAUCAAACAAGUAGUUAGACUUGAGGGAAAGUUAUAGGGACUACAAUACAAUCUUAGAAAAAAAUGAUUCCAAUAGGGUUCUUUGGCUGUCCACAUAGGAGAGCCCUUUCUGGUUCCAGCUAGAACCUUUUUGGGUUCCAUGUAGGAGCCUCUGUAGAAAAAGUUGUACCUUGAACCAAAAUGGUUCUACUUGCAACCAAAAAGUGUUCAAUGAGGGUGUAGACUGCUAAGAGUAGACUGCUGUCACCGGUAUGAUCGUAUUUUAUACCAGUCAAACACUCAUAGGACUUACAUAGGUCUGGCUUUUCAAACUACAUACCCAUGAUCCCUCUGGCUGUGCCCAGGUUUGUAUCUCAAUAUUGUCUCAGUGCUUUUACUGUUUUAUGGUUGUGGCUAGAAGGGGUGCAGCUAAUGUCAAAUGUGAUUUCAAACUCCCGUGAGAGUUUGGAAUUUGUCAAUUUUUCACAAACACAACAUUUUUUUAAUUGUUCCAAACGUCAGAUUUCGAAGUGUUUAACGUUAAGUUCAGGCAUUAACUCCAAAUUCUCAAGGUUAGUCAUUAACUCCGAAUGGUUAAGGUUAGGGUAAGGUUAAGGUAACGGUUAAGUUUUUUGGAUAGGCUUAAAACAAAAAUUACUUUCUAUUGCUAGAUUUGAACUUUCAAUCUGAGGCAGAUGCUUAUCCACCAUUCCCGUCCACAGCACCCUAGCAAAACCAGUGUUCCCUGUUGUCCCUAGCGGCCAGUUUCCACGUCAUCUCGCGUCGUCCUCAGACUUGGAUGGAUGUUGAAUACUGACUUGUAUCAUGGGUGACAUGGCUAUGCCAGUAUGGUCUGAGUUCACAACAAGUGUGUGAUGUCACUGAACUUCGCUGCAUCCCUUCUAGCCAUGACCCUAUUUGAUCCUAUUGAGAUGUGGCCCAUAGGUCAGUAGUGUGUGUGUUAAUCAGAUGCAUUCAUGUUGAAUGACUGUAAAUACUUCUAUAACAUGUACAGGAGAAACUGCAUGCUCUAGAUAAGCUUAGCUAUGACCUAUUCUACUGCUACUAUAAUAAUCAGGUAUUAUGUCUGGAAUGAACAAAGAAUCAUAUUUUUGUACAAAGUGAAUGUUUCUGUUUUUGUAGGUGUAUUUUGGUAUUGUCUAAAAGUUAUUUAAAUAAACUCUUGCCUUAUAAUCCUGAAUGAGUAUGGAGAGGGAGAGAGAAUGAGACAGAGAAAUAAAAAGUGCGUCAUAAGUGUA